GUUCAGCAAGCUCAUCAACAGACUGAGGGAUGCGACAGCGAGCGCGCCCACUUCCACCCUGGCCUCUUUGCCGAGGAAGGAGAAGCAGUCAUGGCGCAGGAAGCUUCGCAUGUUGAGCUCUGCCACGAAUCACAUUUUCCGCAAAUGCAAGGGGGGCUGCAGCAAUAUUGCCAGCAGUCUACGACUAAUAGAGUGCUACUCACAGUAUCUAGCGUUCUCGCAAUGGGCGGAGGUGCAGCACAUUGCGGCGCCUGGCAAGUUAUUCCGACUUAUCAAGCAUAAGCAAGCAGCGAAGGACGAGGUCGCGGACGGUCUGAAUGUCUCUUCCGGUCUGCUCACGGCGAUGGAUAUCAGAGCGAAGUCCUGGCGAAAGAAGUGGAGUGAUCCUUCUUUGGAUGUCGAGAAGGAAAGCGUCAUUGGGAUGAAGCGCGCCUCGGGCAAGGGCAUCGAGCAGCUGGGCAAGAAGAUCUGGUUUGGCUUCCAGAGCAAGGGAAGUUGGCUGUGGUCUACUUGUCGAGGUGACUACCGUGCCAGCUGGACUCGUGAUAGGGCUGGGCUUUGGGGCGCUGCUGUGACGGGAUCGCCUGCCUCGCGCGAGGCCCUGAUGCGCAGCUGCCUGGGCGAGACGGUGGCUCUAUCUGAGAUUCAAGGCUGGGCGCAGGCAAGUACGAUGUGGAAAUGGAAGAAGUUCCACGACAGCCCCAAGUGGAAGCUAUUGCUUGAAUCAG